CUAUUUCACUCUCUCUCUCUGCACACUCUGGUGUAUUGUUGGGUGCAGAGCCGGCGUUGUAUAGAGCUGAUCUGGAACCAGCCUGAGUAGUGAUGAGCCUGUGUAAGUUCAUAAGUGCGAUCAUUACCAGGGGCUUGUUCGUCCUCGUCUCCCUGGUCGGGGUGUGGAGGGUGACAUGGGUGAAGAAAGAUCCGAACUACUGGCUCCUGACUUUCCUCUUUCUGCCGCUCGUCCUGGAAAUGAUCAUCACCCUGAAGAGGCGCAGGGGAGAAGACUACAAGUGGUUCUCUCCUCCGAUCUUCAUGUUCCUCAUCAGUAUCAUUCCAUCCAUCUGGCUCCUGGAGCUCCACACCCAGGACAGCGAGACUCAGUGCAAAAAGGUUGACUCUGACAGUUUGAGCAGAACAUUCACGGUGAACGACAGCCUCGGAAACUUCACACACCAGGACUACCUGAAGCUCAUAAACGAGAAGUUGUCAUCUUUCUGCCCCAACGAAUGGAUCCUGGCCCUCCACCAGAUCCUGCUCAUCCUCCUCAUCGUGGGGAAGUGGCUGCUCCCCCUGGGGGGCGGAGUCACCCGGGACGAGCUCUCGCAGCUUCUCCUGAUCUUCAUCGGCACGGCGGCGGACAUCCUUGAAUUUACGAGUGAGACGCUCUUGGACGUCAAAGACACAAAGAGUUCUGUGAUGGUCUACGUUAUUUUAGGUGUGUGGACUUGGAGCAUGUUGCAGUUCCCCUUACACUUGGCCGUGGUGAGCUCCAAGCCGGACAUGGAGAAUGAGCAGGGAGUCCAGGAGCCUUCCCUCUUGACCAAACACAGCCGCGACGUGUGGAGCAUCAUGGAGGCCUUGUUCAUCCAGGACGGGCCCUUCCUGGUGGUCAGGCUCAUCGUCAUGAUCUACUCCAAAGUCUUCCACCAGAUGUUGGGUUUCUUCACCAUCAAGAACUUCCUGGUGGUCAUACUGAACCUGUACAGGCUGGCUGUGAUAUGCCAGGACUACCGACCCUCCGGCAGCAGCAGGGACACCGAUCUCCCGUGAGUCUCUAAUGAGAUCAAGGGGAAGACGGGACGGAGACAUGUUAAGUUUUGCACUCACAGUCGACGGGAAACAAGCUCAGAGGAUGAAAAGCUGUGAAUAAUUAUCUCACACUUGCGAGGGGAAGAAGCCGUCAAGUUCAAACUCCUCUUGACUUGACUCAACUUGAAGCUCACACUACACAUCAUUUACCCUCUAAAUUCUAAUGUAGCUGCUUUGACAGAAGAACCGAUGAGACAUUGAAAUCAAAGAAAUUCCCGGCAGGGGGGCCAGACAGUUAAGGAGAAGAGGGAAGCAGAGCAUAACAGGAAAAGGAUGUGAGAGAUACCCCUGAUACGUUUACGUGUAAACACUUUAUGCACAUUACUAAAGCAGCCAGCACAAUACAGUGUAUGAAAGAAGUCCCAGAGCACAAGAGGCUGCUUAUCAACGCAGCACUUCCAGUAAGUGAAGCCAAACGGCUGCUCGGACAAGGACUGUCCAGAUUUCUCACUGUGUGAUGCCCAAAGGACAGGAAGCGAGGAGGACAGAGAGACACAGUAUACUCAAUGACACUGAUGCUCUCCGGCUGUGGACUGAGACUGAGAUUGGAGAACAGCUUUCCUCCCCUAUUUAUUUACUUUCUGUGUAUUUACUUUUGCACAGAUAAAUAACAGCCCAUAAUGCAACACAUUCCAGAGUCCAAUCGCUAAAUUGAGCUCAACACGAUGUAACGUGUACGCCACGCUGUCAAAAAACUGUUUACUUCCCUUCCCAGACAGAUAUUAGUGUUCCGACCUUCACUACACUUUACUAAAAGAUCUUAUACUUGAAUUGAACAUGCAUAAAAUCAAGGUUAUGAAUGAAUGGAAAAAAAAUACUGUCAUGUUUCUGCUUUUAAUCCGUUAUUGAAAAUAUAUAAUGAAUACCUUUGGCUACCUGACAAACUUAUCUGAAGUACUUUCCUGUCCUCUGUUGGAAAAUUGAAGUUGAAGCUGAUGAUGUGAUUUUCAGGUUUGCAUCUGUUUCUAAGCUUGAACCUUGUCCCUCUGCCCCUGUGAUGUUUACACUCAUCACUACAUCCUGUGUGUUAAAGUUGGGGAGGUCUCCUCUGACUCGAUUGGCUUUUAUAUAUUUUUAUUACCAAAGACCUCAUUGGGAUUCUUCCUUCUAACGGUGCCUCUGUGAUGAUCUUUGGUUUUUAUUAUGAUCAAACCUCCACAGUCCUGGCUGAGGACCACAGGUGACCACAUCUGUCUGAAAAACUCUCUAUCCUCUUUUAAAUCUCUCUGAAAGACACGUUUUAUAAGUGUCUUUCCUAUUCAUUAUUUCUUUUUUAUAAUGUUUUAUAUUAUCAUAUUUUUACUCAUUUUUAUUUCUGUAUCUCUGCUCUAAUGCUAUGCGACCUUCAAAUUUCUUUGGAACUGUCUCCUAUUGUUUGCCUUCAAUUAUUUAAUGUUUAACCACCACCGCCCCUUGUUACUUUAUUUUGAAAGGUGUUAUAUAAUAAAAUGUAUUAUUAACCAUAAUUUUAUAUGACUUUUUUUUUUACUGGUUUUAUUCUAUGUGUUACUUUUUGUAUUUAAUUAACUGUAAUUUUUUUAAUUAUAUUUAAAAUAAUUGUGCAUCGUUUUAAUGUUUUGUAUCUUUUAAGUCAUGUAUAUUGUUGCUCAUUAUUACUGUAUGUAAAUGAGGUUCAGCCCCUUGUAAUGUUAAUCACUGACUUUAUAAGGGAAGUUAUAAGUCACUGCUAAUGUGGCUGGACUUGACAAAACCUAAAUAAAACAGUACAAACCA